UUGGAAUUAUUCUAACAUACUUAUUUGUUGUAUGAAAUAUAAGUUGAUAUUCAUAACACAAAAUCAUUCGAAAUGUAUAUAAUUUUUUUGCGUGUAAAUUAUUUCUUAUUAUUUCAUUGUUAUAAUAUUUACUUAAACGAUGUAGCAAUAAAAAUGGAUCAUCUUUAAAUGCAAUUUCUAAUAAUUCUAAAAUCGAGAAAUCUAUUGUUGAAAUAUGCAUAUAGCGUUCGUGUAAAUCCAUAUUGUUACAAUUUUUUUUUUUUUUAAUAUAUGUAUAUAUAUAUAUAUACAUAUAAAUUUAUAUUAUAUAUAUCUGUGUGUAUAUAUAUAUAAAUAUACUUAUAUAAAAAUAUUAAAAUUAUAAAUAUAUUUUUCGUUUAUUUAAAUAUUCUUAAUUUAUAAGAAUUUAUUACAAAUUAGUAUUUUAUUUAAUUUGAAUAUUUUUGUACAUAAUAACACAAAUGAUUAUACCUAACCAAUAAACGCACACGUGGCUAUUUAGAAAUAUACGUAUCAAGUGUUAAUUUAUUUCAUCAUAAAAAGUUAAUGGCAGUUUUUUAAUAAGUACGUUCUGAGACAUAUUGUGCACAUCUUAAACUGAAAUGAACUCGACAGUGGAGACUUCAACACUCAGCAGUUUCAGGAAAUGUUGUAUUUUCUGACAACAGGAAGCAACUUCCUGAAAAUCAUUAGCUUGGUCAAACAAGUGGUCAAUAGCCGGCACAUAAGUUUGAUGAGAAUGGCUAAAAGUAAAUUUGAAUAUGUAAAAGAAUUUGAACGUGAUGAUUGUUGUUUGCCAAAUUGUUGGAUUGUGGUUAGAAUAGAUGGAAGAAAUUUUUCGAAAUUUUGUGAAGCGCAUCAAUUUACCAAACCGAACGAUGUAGCUGCUUUGCAAUUAAUGAAUCGCGCGGCUAUUACGGUUAUGGAAGAUUUCAAAGAAAUCAUUUUAGGAUUUGGUCAAAGUGAUGAAUAUUCUUUCGUCUUUCGAAAAGACACUGAACUUUACAAACGAAGAGCUUCAAAAUUGAUGACAAAUGUAAAUUCUCUUUUUGCAUCAUCAUAUGUUUAUCAUUGGCCUCGUUUCUUCCAAGGCAAAGAAUUAUAUUAUCCACCGUCUUUUGAUGCUCGCGUUGUAUUAUAUCCUACGGAUAAAAAUUUAAGGGAUUAUUUAGCAUGGAGACAAGCUGAUGCUCAUGUAAAUAAUUUAUAUAAUACUUGCUUUUGGAAUCUUGUAUUAAAAGGAAAAUUAACUCCAAGCCAGGCAGAAGUUAAGCUUAGAGGUACACUGGCUUCACAUAAAAAUGAAUUACUUUUUCAAGAAUUUGGUAUAAAUUACAAUAAUGAACCACCACUUUUCCGAAAAGGAACUACACUUAUAAGAAAAUUAGUACCUGAUGGAACAGGUAGACUAAAACCUGCAGUCGUUCCAUUGGUAGAUGAUAUUAUUGGAGAUCGUUUUUGGAAAGAAAAUCCAGAAGUACUUGGAUUAAAAAGUUUAGCAACUUAUCAACCUCCAAAUUUAGUUAAUAAUGUUACUACAAAUCCAAUCAGAACAACAAAACCACCAUCACCAACCGCUAACAUGAAACAUAUUAAUAAUACUCCACCAUCUUCAGUUGCUAAUGUGAAUUCUAUAAAUGAAGAAGUACAUCCAGUAAGAAGUAGAGAAUCAGAUGGAGAAAGAAUGCAAUGUGAAAGUGAACGAAUUUGUAGAAGAUAAGCAGUGUUUAUGUCUCUUUUUUUUAUAAUAAAUUUGAAAAAUAUCCUAACGGAAAA